AUUCCAUCAGUUACCAGAAUUCGAUCAUGGGAAGCGUAGCUGUCGUAGAAAGCUUGCAGGCCAUAAUGAGCGUCGUAGGAAGCCGCCAGCUGCACCCUUGCUAUCACGCAAAGGGCAGAUUUUAUCAUUCUUACAUGGCGAUAAUAGCAAAGCAAGUUGCUCUGCCUUGGACUUGGGAUUCUCUAAAUUCCUGGGGGAGUCGAUCAAAGGUGUCCGGCCAGAAAUCAGUUGUGGGAUUUGUGGAAAUAGUCGAGCUGCAAUAGACCAUCAAUGGCAGGAAGACUUCAGCAGCACCCAAGUUUCCAUGCCACCAUGGUCUCCAGGGAGAGCCCUCUUCUCUUCAUUGGGGGAGGUUCUACAAGGUGAAGAGUACUUCACAGGAGUCUCAGAGUCUAGCUGUGCUCUCUCUCUUCUGUCAUCCCAGACAUGGGGCGCAACCUUCCCUGCCAGAACCCAAGCAGCUUCCUGCUUCAAUAGACCUCAAACCCCACAAACCACUAUUUUGAAUAGCUACAUGAAUGCCAAUUCAUGGAGUGUCAAAGACCAUUAUGGUAGCGAAAGUGGUGGCAGCGGCAGUAGCAGUAGCAGAUCAUAUCCAGUUCGUAAUGUCAUGGAACUUGACCGCUCACAGUUCGCCCGUGAGCUUGAACAGUCCGGCUUCCAUGCUGGCACACACAAUAUGGAACUUGAUCAUGGUAGGCGCCAUGGGAAUUUACAUGGUGGGAUUCACUGGUCUAUCUAGGUGGCAUCAUUCAUUAAUGAUACUGCUGGUUUUUUUUUGUUAUUUGGCUAAUUAUUGGUUGGGUUUUGGAAUUAAAUAUUAUUAACUUAUUUGUGAUAUUUCGUGAUGCGUGGUGUUUUCAGGGGUGGUGAUUGUUUAAAAUCUUUGAUGAAGGUAGCAAUGUAGUCAG